AUGGGAGACGCAAAGAUUAAAAGGUAUAUGGAUAUAGGCGACCAACGCACGCCGAUAUAUGGUUGGUUGGAGUCCUUAGGCCUUUCAAGCAAUGACCAUGAUACAAGGCCUGAGGAUUUGAGCGACGAAUUCGCUAAUUUCAACCCCUUUGAAGAACUUCGUAAGACGGGGAAUGAACCCAUCAAAUGGUCUGAUCUAACACGAAUAUACCAAUCUGCAGCUUUAUACGGCCGUCCCAAGUGUGUGUAUCCCGCGCGAGCCUAUUUUACUAUUGGAACCUCGAGAGGAUCGGUUCUUAUCUUCGACUAUAAACAGAUCUUAAAAUGCACACUUUUAGUGAGUGAGGAGCAAGCGAUUUCUGGAAUUGCCAAGAUUUCAAUCUCUCUCGAUGGGACGCAUGUUAGUGCCGCUCUGGAUUCGGGUGACAUUUUCAUUUGGAAUUUGACAACCCCUGUUGAGAAAGACGGUAGAAACAAAGGCGAGCCUACACCAAUUCAACCCCUUUUGCAUAUCAAAGAGCAUUGCUAUACGAAAGUACUCUCGCUGCAAUUUUAUGGUGCCCGACAUACCGCGCUUCUUGUAAGCGAUGAUUCUGGGAAGAUCUGGAUUCAUAGCGGAUCGCGAAAUCGUCUUUGGCAGUUAACUUAUUCCUCGAGAUUGCUUAAACAAAUAUUCAAUGGUCCAGAGAAAAGAUUAUUGGCUUGCGCUGGCCGCAUCAAAGCUGAGAAAGGGUUUCGUUCGGAUAAGAAUCUCGUAGCGAUAGUGACGAGUCAAGAUUUUGUGAUAUAUUACCAAGAAGAGACUAUAUUGCAGCUUGAGCAUGGAAACGACAAUUUCGGCCUGCCCAUUACCAUGGCGCGGAUAUCUUGGGUUUUUCAUGAUUUGCUGGCAUUUUCUGUUGAUGACCGCUUAACCGUUUUGCGCCUUUCCUGGAACUCUGAUCGGAGUCAUGCUGCGAUUAAAGAAAAGUUGCUCUGGAGUUGUGAUGAAUCCCUAACGGAAAUUAAUUGGCUUUCAUCGCAGGCUCUAAUCGUAAUGACUGCAUCUUCACGGGUAGUGGUGCUAAAGGGCGCAACUGAACUGAGCACCUCACUGACUUUGGAUCUUUUAGCAAUUAACCUCCUUGCUUCAAACGAGAAAACGUGUACGUUUCUGAACAGACAGUUGAUCGCAUUGACAACAUCCUGUGCGAAAAUUGGUAGCUUUUUGUCCUGGUCUGAGAUACUUUUAGUCUUUGUUCAAAGAGCCCUAUACAUUUCCGCUCUGAAGUGCAUAGCAUCGUUUUUGACCAACGAACGAUUACCCUUUUAUUUGCUGAGACUUGAUUCUCAUUUACCUAAACGUGUAGAGCAGCUGGAAUCUCCCUAUAGGAAUUUGGCGAUUGCGAGUUUGAGAUAUGUGCUUAAGAGUUCUGCGAAUGACGAUCCUGAAAUACAGCUAGCGAAGAUGAAAGAGCUUUUUCACGUUGUGGUUUCGCUCGAUAGGCUUUUCGUCAAGGAAGGGGAACAGCUUGUCUUCAUCGAGGGAAUUUUGGAAGCUUCUGCUCCUGAACAAGGCGAUACUUUAGCACAGUGCCUUAUUGAAGAGAUUUCGAAUGGCGCUGUUUCGAUACUGAGCCCUACUGUGCUUUCUCGGCUGUUCACAUUUUGCGAGAGCCAUCAAGACAGGCAAAUGGUUCGAACAUUAAUUUUGUCGCUCAAAUGGCAGCAACUUAGUAUUGAUCUGGCUAUACGCUCAUGUCAGCAAUAUAAAAUUUACGACGGUUUAUUAUAUUUAUGGAACGUGGCAUUUACCGAUUACUUGAGUCCCUUAGCUGACUUUGUUUACCUCUACUCAGGCAACAAUGAGCGUUGCCAAAUUUUUUCUCAGGAUUCUAACAUCAACGACAUCCCUAUUUUCGAAUAUCUUGCCUUCCUGCUGCGCGGCUGGCAAUUUCCUAAAUGCAGACAAAUACCCAACGAUCUAUCUUUGAAAAUCAAGAAAGAUCUUUAUAAUGUGAUCUUCAGCGGAGCUCUCGUUGAGUGGCCUAAAGGGAGCGGAAAAAGACUUGAGACAUGCGGGAGUAAACAAAAUGAGCCAGUGUAUCCUUAUUUGGAUAUGCUCCUUGUUUUAGAUCCUGCAAAAGCAUUGACGAUUGUCCAUGAUAGUCUAGAGGAUUCGUUACUGGAUGAGGAUCGAUCAGAGUCUGAACAAGCUGGCGGUUCCGUGACUCAGUCUGACGUUACAAGGCAGUUUAUCAUCGAGGCCUUACUUGAUAUCUUUCAACUCACUACUAAGAUGAAUUUGAAACUCCUGCUGGCAAAUUUUAUUGCCAAAAAUGUUGUUAAAUAUCCGCAAUUCGUUGUAUUAUCUACAGAUACGAUUGACCGGCUUUUGCUCACGAUAAGUUCUUCGGACUGUGGGCCAAGAAAGGAGGAAAGUGAAGAAAGCUUGCAAGCAUUGCUCUCACUUCAUAUUCCUGGUGAUUCAAAACACCUCGUCACAGCUCUGCGAGAAAAGCAAUUUUAUUUCGCACUCAUGACUUUUUACAGUAGAUCACAGCAAUACUCCCAUUUUUUGGAUCUCGCUUUGGAACUUCAGCGCUCUAACUUUGGAAACUAUGAUAUUUUGGAGAUUGUCAAGAGAUCCUUAAAAAAUACAAGUCAUGCCCCCAUUGAGAGAACUCUGGUCAAAUCUGUCGUUGACAGAAACUUUUGCCAAAUUAUCAAGUGCCAGCCGACGCUGGCUGUCCAGUAUUUUCAGGACUUUGAUCCUAACAUACAUUAUAACGCCUUGAGCGUCAGCGACAAAGCGCUCAAGUUCCAAUAUCUGUCCGAAUUAUUCAGGUUAGUCUUCGAAGAUUAUGUCAAGAAUUCAGCGUUUUCUACAACCUUCGUCGAGCUUCUUUGUCAAGAAGCCCCUGAGGAGGAGCUCAUCAACUUCCUGAAAUCGGUCAACCCCAGGCAUUUGGAUAAGGAACCCGUCUUGUCCAUCUUGGAAAGAUAUGGAAAGCUGGAAAGUUUGGUAGUUUUUUUAUGCGGCAUGAAAGCCAAUUUACAAGCAGUGACUCGAAUCACGGACUACUUAACUGAAGCUGCCACGGCGGGAACGUGGAAUUGUCAAACAUCGAAGCAUCUUGUUUUUCUAGCAACGCACAUUAUUAGGGGUUUAGAGGAGGAGCAUAUCGCUGGUUGGGCCAAACUUUUAACUUGCUUGAUGGUCAUUUAUGGAAUCUUAGGCGAGUCCGAAAAACACAAAUUUCAAGAAGCGGUCAGAUUUGCUUUGUUUGACUUCACGACAACAUCACGAAUUCGUUGCAAUGGUGCCCAUCAGAGCUUUUGCAUGCCCUUGACACAGGUUUUUGAAAGCAAGGAAGUCAUGUUUUUGAAGCUCGCUAACAUGCAGCCUCUCUUAACAGAAGUUCUGUCCGACUUAUCGGUGGCACAGCAGCAGCAAAGCUUUAGCUUCAAGAUCAUUGACAAUGCUAGUUUUCAGGCAGUGAGGGAUUAUGAAAGCCUAGUACAAAAAGGAUGGUUGAUAAAAAACGCUGAAUGCGAGGUGUGUGGCAACAAGCUCUGGGGCAUUGGUUUGGAUUCUGACGUUUUUAUAAAAUGGAAGGAAGCCAGAGGUAGUGGUUCCUCCAACGGAAAAGAUUCGUUAUUAGAGGAUCCCAAAAUUUUAAUAGUUUUUCGUUGUGGUCAUGGCUUUCACUUGAACUGCCUUAUAAGAUUGGGUCAAACAAAACUCGAUUAUUUUUGUCUUCUGUGUAAAAGUGCAUAA